GCUGUUAUCUGUUAUUAUAGUGUGGAUGCAUUGAAAUAUCCACGUUUCUUUAGUAAUCGGCGCUGUUUGCUCAGAUUAUUGCGUUAACUAAGAAACGGAGAGGAGAGCUUCAGCUUUGCGUCUGAAAGGGAAGUUUGUCUCGAGCGGCGCUUCGUAAGCUGCACGCGUUACUAUGGCGACGACGGCGCGUCCUGUCCCGCCGCAAUAAACACCUGCUGCUGCUGAUGCGCUCGUGAAGAUUUCUGAACAUGAGGCUCGUGCAGUGAGAUCAGACAUGCUGAGAUCAGACGCGCCGCCCGCGAGCAGCUUCCUUCAGAGACGCGUCGUGACCGAGAGAAGGUCUCAGUCUGAGGCGGUGAGAUUCGCGGAUCUGUCUCGAGUCGUUCAGCUGCUGCAGGAUCCGCUCUCAUCCUCGUUAAAAGAAAGACAGAUUUUCAUCUUGAAGAAGGUGGUAAAAAGAAGCCAGCGCGGAUUUCUUUUGAGGGAUCUCGCUGACAUCUGUCAGAUUCUGAACCUUUGUGCUGAAAGAGUGACAGAUCAGCCGGAAUAUGCCAAAAUCCUCUGUGAUUUACUUCAGAUAUGCGGUCUUCCCUUCCUGAAGGAGAAAUCCUCGGAUGAGAUGAAGUUCUCCGCUGCGGCCACAGACUGCGUGUCUCAGAUGGGUUAUCUGAUGCGGAUCCCGCUGCCGGAGGUCAGACAGCAGAUCUGCGCUUCUGUUAUAACCUUCUACAGCCGCGACAAACACAAGCCCAGUUUUGACGGUGUUUGUCCCACACAUGUCGACUACAGAGGGCUGUUGGUGGAGCGCAGCGGUCUGGCCGAGACGCUCGUCAUGUCGCUGGCCCUGAUGGAGAAGCAGCUGUCAGUCAAACUGCGUCUCCUUCAGACGCUGCAGAUCCUGUCCAGGACGUCAGAGGUGAACUGUAGUUUGAUGCUGAGAGCUCAGGCCGCGCAGAAGAUCUGCUUCCACAUGAGUGAACGCGAGCCGUCCGGACAGGUUCUGUUCCGCUCCUCAGAGAUCCUGUGGAACCUCCUGGAGAACGGCUCUCGAGAAGAGGUGGCGGCUCAGCUCAGCAACACCGACUGCAUCGCAUCUUUGAAAGAAGCGUUUCUCCAUCAGCUUCUGAAUGGUUUCCGGCAUUACGAUCGUCAGCUGAGAAACGACCUGCUGGUGCUGUUGUCUCUGAUCGCAUCUAACCCCAACGCUCCUCUGAUUGAGAGCGGCUUUGUCAAGCAUCUCACGCUGUUUGUCACAUUCCCUGAGCUGAAGAGCCACAAUCCUCUGGUGCGAAACCUCAAGCUGUCCUUCAACCACGAGGACUUUGAGAUGAAGAAACUCUUGCUGAAUGUGAUUGUCAUCCUGUCGAAAGAUCUGGCCGCCCUGCAGCUGUUUAAGGAGAGCCGUGUCAUGCUCGGCCUGAUGCUCCUGAUCAAGCCCAGAACCUCCGAGGCCCAGAGCGGCAGACGCAGUUGGACGUCCAGCCAGCAGGAGGAGCUGCAGCUGCAGGCGUUGGCCGCUCUGACCUCUCUGGCUCCUCUGAUGCUGGACGACUACAUGACGUGUCAGGCCAACACCUGCCUGCUGCUGCUGCUGGACUGGUGUCUGCAGGAAGACUCCUUCAGUGGGCGGGGUCACAGUUUCCAUGGCACCGGUGGGCGGGGCGGGAAGAAGGCUCAGAUGAGGUACUGUGUCCGUGUGCUCAGAUCCGUGGUGUCUCUGGACAGCGAGCCGCUCCGGCAGGAUCUCUGCGAUCAGGGGGCGAUCGGGCAGCUCUUGGGCGUGCUGCGCUGGUUCACAGUGAGGCCGGAGGAUGAGGAUGCCAUCUCUCUGGAGAUUCAGAUAGACUCCCAGUUCAUUCUGUCUGUCCUCUGUGAGGGAGACAUGCACAGGAAGGAGUUGUUCGGCAGUGACGGUGUGGAGAUGCUGAUUCAGUAUUUGAGUUUGGACGCGGCUCUGAUCUUCAGCGGUUUGGGUCAUAAUAAACUGCUGCUGUCCACCGUCGACUGCGUUUGGUCAUGUGUUGUGGGCGGUUUCGGUACGGAGGAUGCGUUUGUGGCAGGACGUGGCGUUGAUCUGCUCCUUCAGCUGCUGCAGCGGAGCCCCAGACACAUGCUGAUCGCGCUCAUCGGGACUCUGCUGGAGCUGUGUGAGAAUCCACAGGCUAUUGCAUGCGUGCAGUGCUGGCGCGGUGAGGGAGACACCAGCGCACCGCAGCUCCUGCUGCAGAUCUGGAGGAGCGAGGAGGAGGAUACGGGCGUGACGCGUGACCGGCACGGGAUGAUCGCAGUGAGCGAGCAGUUGCUCUUUUCAGACUCUCUCUCUCUAACAGAUGUGAAGCGGCCGAUUGUCUCUCGGCAUCAGGAUGAAUCGUCAUCAUCGUCACGUGACGUCAGUGCUGCGGUCAGGGACGUGUCAGAAAACCUGCGUGCAAACAUCUACUGCAUCUUCUCUAAACUGGGAUUCGAGCAGCUGUCGGGUUUGAGCGCUGAAGAUCUCGUCACGCUCAGCAUCAUCCGCCGAUACCUGGACUUUAAGGUGGGCGAAGUUUUACACGAGGUGUCGGUCGAGCUGUGGAACGAGGGAGCGACGCCCGUCUCGUCCGAUGAAGAAGCCCUGAAGAGCCUCCGGCAGGUCAGUGAAGACACAGCCGAGAAUGUGCGCUCUCUGCAGCAAAGCAUUCUGGGCCGUCAGCAGCAGGAGGAGCUGCAGGAGGAGAGGCUGUUAUAUAAAGAGAUUGGCUUCACUCAUAAGCAGAGAGAGAUAGCGGCCGAGGCCUGGAGGAAUUACGUGGCCAGAAUGUCAAACUACAGCGUCCUCAAGGAGUUCAAGCGGCUGCAGGAGGAAUGGAGCACCGGCGGCCCCGACGCGCCAUCAGAACCGGCCCUCGAGGGACCCGAGACUCAAGACACCCUCUGAGACCAAUAAACCUUGACCAUUCUCCAUAGAGAGAGUACAGAGCAAACUGAAGUCCUUUCACACAUCAAAAACACACUGCUGUUCAAAAGUUUUAUGCUUUUCAGAGACCUGAUCAUUCUGCCAUGUUCAGCAGUCUUUACUCCUACAGCGCAUGUUUACAUGUUUAUUCCGGGUGUUUGAGCUCUGAAACGGCAUGUAAACAUCAUCAUAAUAGAUUAAGAGAAAGCAUUCGGGUUUCUGCAUUACUAACUCUAGCGCAUGUAUACACCGCUAACUGCUUCUGUGCUUUGAGCUGCUGUGUGCAUGUCAACGCUGAUUUCCAGGGGUAAACUUCAUUCGUUGAUGCAGAAGCGGACAGUCCUAGCUCAUGUCAAGAUCACGACUGCGCUAACUCAACGUCAGCGUGCUGAAAUCACUGCUGACAGUGGCUGAGGUCGACCAUCAUGGACCAAUGAGCUUCUUCUGUCCUACUUGAUUUCACGCAAACACAUCACAAGACAUCACAAACACCGAAUGUUAUCCAUGAUGAUUGUGCGAGCAGCAUUUUGACUAAUGACUAAUAAAAUAAGAGCAGAACAAAACUGUG